AUGGAUUUAGUCUGCUGGAAUGUUAGAGGUGCUGCUUGCACUAGUUUUCGAAAUAAUGUUGUGGAGUUGAUUCGCACACAUCACCUGGAUCUGUUGUUUAUUUGCGAACCUAGGAUUAGUGGAAAGAAAGCUCUUGACAUGGCCAAAUCUCUUGGUUUCUCUUCUUAUGAAAUUGUGGAUCCCGUGGGCUUCUCUGGAGGUUUGUGGUUGCUUUGGAAUGAUAACAAGAUUAACAUCCAGAUUUUGGGCACUACUGACCAAGCUAUUACUUCAUGUGUCUCCUGGCAUGGUCAAGCUCCUUGGAUUCUGACUACCAUCUAUGCUAAACCCUGUGCAAGCAAAAGGGCUAUGCUUUGGGAUUACCUCAACUUUGUGGCUAGUUGCCAUCAACUACCUUGGAUUCUUGCAGGUGACUUCAAUGAGAUGUUAUUUAUGGAAGACAAACUUGGGGGUGCCAACCCGUGCAGGCUGAAAGGCUUCAACAAGUGGUUUACAGAAAAUGAUAUGAUUGACUUGGGUUACUCUGGUCCUAAAUUUACUUGGACCAAUAAUAGGGUUUUUGAAAGACUUGACAGAGCUGUUUGCAACCUAAAUUGGAUGCAAAUGUUUCCUGAUGCGAAUGUGUUGCAUAUUCCGAGAACCAAAUCCGAUCAUUGCCCCAUCAAAAUUUGCUUACAGUCCCGCCAGAUCUCCUCUCCAAUUGCUAGACCCUUUAGAUUUGAAGCGAUGUGGAUGCAGCAUGGAAACUUCAAAGACUUUGUGACGCAGAAAUGGGGACAGAUUCCGGGAUCUGCUCUUGACAAGUCCUAUGGGCUAAUUCCACAUCUGAAACAGUGGAACCACAAUAUUUUUGGCCAUUUGAAACGUAAGAAAACGCUUAUUCUUGCUAGAUUGGAUGGUAUCCAAAAAGCCUUGUGCCAUUGCCAAAGCACGUCUCUGUUUAUGCUGGAGGAUUCUUUGGUGUAG